GGGCCGGCAUCGAGACAAGUUUACGGGGCUUCCAGACCACGACCUGAUGGGGCGGUUCCCUGUUCUCUUUGUCGAUCACAGAGAAAACUUGAUUUCGUUUUCUUUGUUCCUUACACUACAGGAGACGAGAAAAUUCAUCGCAUGUUGUUCGUCAAGUUCCGUUAGCGUCGGGAUGCUGGACGGCGUUCUGGGUCCACGCUUUACACGUACUACUUGGGCUAUGUGUAAUUAUCAAAUGAAAUUACAUGCAUCGAGAAAUAUUUAUUGGCAUCACGACUCAUGCGGCCACGGCAGUUAUUGGGAGCUUAACACGUUUUCGUCAACCAUCAGUGGCUUGCUUAUACGGAUGCGACUUCGACGCCAAAAGAACGGUGCGGUUUGGCUUAACCGCCAGUUCCUGGGACGGACAUUUCUCACCAAGCUGGAACUUCAGGCGAGACCGUUUUAUCCCGACGUUUACACGAAUUGGCCGAGUUCAAGGUCACAAUCCGGAAGAAUUCUGUCCAAGAAGCAACGGUGAACUGAGAUCGUAAGCGUCGUAGGAGUCAUCCGAAAAUAGGGUCCAGCGGGAUUCCCCUCGCCGCGAUCCAUCGGAAUACCAGAAAGGGAAACCUGGAGGAAAAAAAAGAAGAAGAAAAAAAGGUAAUCGUGAAUGAAUGACGAGGCAUUCCAAGAAAUACGGCAGCC